UUCUGGAGCUGGCAAGAAGUGGCAGUGAAUUCCCAAUGAGCAUGAUUGACAUUUGAGUGCUGACGAAGGCGGGCUCGGACUAGAACAGGGACAACCGGCAUUUACACGGAUUAUUCCGAAAUCGCUUUGCAAUUGCCUGUUAUGAGAAUAUGAAUUAAAACAAUGUUUGAGUCGACAUAUCAGUAGAGCUUUGGUGUCCUUGAUGACAGAUGACAGGACAAAAGGAAAAUAUUGAGGAUAGCCAAACGUUUACCAUUGAAGUUGGAUAUUAGCAAAAACAGUCAGUGCCACAUGCAGAAGAUGGACUUUGGAGAAGUCAACACAGCCACAAAACCUCCAAUAGGGAAGAGGAUGAAGUCCCGAGCACCCCCUCCGCCCCUGGCCCCCGAGCCCGCCCCCAGGAGAAUCUUCCGUAACGCAGUGCCUGACGGGGGAGGCUCAGCGCAGGGCAGUAUGGGAAGCAUGGUGAUGGAGAACAUGAUGAGGACCAGCGUAGACCUCCACAUCACUCUGCCUCAAGGCUACCAGACCAACAGCACAGUGGACGGCAGCAAGGCGCUCAUGGACCUGUUGGUGGAUCUGUGCAGCCGGUACCACCUGAACCCAGCCUAUCACACCCUGGAGCUGCUGUCCAGUGAGGGCCUGUCCCUAGCCUUCAAGCCCAACAGCCUGCUGGGGUCCCUGGAUGUUGUUGCCAUAAGCAUCAGGGAGAAAGUGUUGCAGAACAAAGUGGUGCGGAAACCUCCGCCUAAAGUGCCAGAGUCUGUCACCCCAGCUCCUAGCACCCCAGCACCUCGCACCUCUGUCCAGAUGGCCCCCUCUCCCUCCCCAGCCCCCAGCUCUCCUACCCCCAGCCUGCCUGCAGAGGAGGACUCUGGCUCUGAGCUGAGCAAUGGGUCUGUCUACAGCAGCAGCAGUAGCAGUAGUGGGGUUGCCGCCGGCACCUCUGUCGCUGACACCUCAAUGGCCGACUCUGACUCCGCCUCCAGCAGGGCUGAUGUGUCCAAGCCCGGCCCUGAUUCCACCCCCAGCAGCAGGGCUGCCAUGGCUGACUCCUCCCGAGACUCCGCCCCCAGUAAGGUUGACACCGGCCCCAGGAGCAAGACUAUGGUCAAUGUCGCCUCUUACUCCGCCCCUACCAGCAAGGUUGAAAAGGUUGACUCCGCCCCCAGCAGCAACGCUGACAAGGCCAAGCCCACCCCCUAUUUGUCCCGCAGCACCACACCGGAGGAGACCAGAGGAGAGUCUGCUCUUGGCCUGAAACUAGACGAGACGGAGAACAACAGACACAGCGCCAUGGGUGCUGAGCGUCCAGUGCCACUCAAACCUCUGCGAACCCUAGAACGGGAGCCCCCCCAGUUAGUCAUCCCCCCACCCCCGCAGUACCCUCCCCCUCCCUCAGACCUAGACUCCCCCGAUGCCUCACCAGAGAGCCACAGGGAGGAGGCCCCUCAGUCUUGGCUGCACUCUCGGCGGCUCUCCGUGGCAGGACCRCAGACCCCAGACACAGAGGAGACUUUAUCCAUGGGCAGCAGUGGCAGUUACCAGGACCAGGGCUAUGCAGCCUCCGAGGGCAUGYCGGAGGACUCUGGCCUGGUCAGCUCCCCCUCGGCCUCCGACACCACCCACCCUACCUCCCCUGACGGGAGCCUCUCCCUGGGCUCUUCUGGCUCAUCUCACCCCGUGAUCCAUCCCCURACCAAGGACUGUUCUAGUGAUAGUGACGAGGGCUGUGCCACGUGGGGCUCCAGACACAGACACAGCAGUGAUAUCAGCCACAAUGACAAAGCAGGCAAAACAAAGGACAUCUAUGAAGAGGACCCAGAGCUCACCACUCAGCUCCACCAGACUCUGGCUGAUCUGGAUGCUGAUCUAGCAGAUAUAAGUCACAUAGAUGCUAUUUCAGUGCAACAGCACCCCUACGUGAUGUCCACUGAGAGCAAUGACAUCCCCGUGUCUGUGGUGGAUAUGGAAGUCCCGGUCACAGCCAUAGAUGAAGUCCUGGAGGACUACGAGACACCGAGCAUGACGGAUCACCAAGRCACACUAAUGAGUAGCUCUCAAAGAACGGACAAUAAAGACCUGAACCACAGUCAUCAUCAUUCAAGUGUUGGUGGCAUACAGAACAAAAACAACAACGCCUGUAUGUCUGACGGCUCCAGCAAAGUCAGCUCUGCUCAACCACAGCCCGCGCAGCGCCUCAAAUCACCAGGGAAGAAGCUUGCCAAUGGCACCUUGCGGAAAGACCAUACAGCAGCGAUCUCUAAGACUAAAGUUGAAGUUCAAAGACGGGAGUCCGCUGAUGGAGCUGAGAGGAAAGCCUCACCUGUCAACAGCUCUCUCGCUGUCCCAGAGAGCCAWUCCAAGUCCCCUGAGGAAGAGGUUCCCACCUAUAGAGGCCACGCUGCCUCCCAGGCACAAACGAAAAUCACAUGUAGCCCAGUCUCCCGAUUUGGUAUGAAGACAUUCACUAUCGUCCCUCCCAAGCCCGCAGUUGCAACCCAGCCUCAGAAGCCAGCAGAGGCCCCGGCCACUCUGACAACAGGUGCCAUUAGAAUUGACGAUCAGGGUAACAUGGUCAAAGUAGCCAUUGCCCGAAACAAGUUUGGCGGUUCCUCUGAGUCUGGGAUCAACAAAGAUGACUCCGUCUCACCACUCCUGGGGAAAGCCAAAGCAUUCUGGAGCUCCUCGGAGAAGCAGGACACUUCUGCACCUUCACUCCCCACUAGUAGAGGGCCUGUCCRUUUCACAAAGACCCAGAGCCCAGAGUCUGAGGUCCACAAACCCACACAUCGGGUCGUAGCCUCUGAGCCACCUGCAGCCAAGGCAACKCCUAAGGCCUGUGAACCUGUAGCCAAGAUGACACCUAAGGAAACAUGCAAAGAUGUUGUUGAGGUAACAAAGGACAUCUCACAGGAAGCAGAGGGCAAGGUUCCAGUUUCAGAGACACCUGUGCAGCAGAAGACUAUGAAACUGAACCCUGGUAUUCUCCAAGAUCAGAAGAGAAACCUUUCCUUCCUCAAGCCAUCCAGGAGAACGUCCAGUCAGUACGUAGCUUCUGCCAUUGCUAAAUACGCUGUGAAGCCCACCAUGGCCAAAGCUGACAACAUCCAAGAAGUACCAGCGGAGUUGUCUGGCCCCGUGAGAAAGCCACCUGGUAGUUACGGCUAUCAGAAAGAGGGUCGAUCCUUUCAUGUAAAUCCACAGCGUUCCUCUGGUACAUCUAUGAAUGUACCAGUGAAGAAGGAGAGCAGCUCUGCGUCUGGAUCCUAUCACGCCGGUGCUAAAUGUUACCCUGACUACCUCUCAGCAGAGAAACGGGUAGUCUCUGGUGAGUCGACGCAAGGAGUGGACAGGAGUGGUUAUGGGAGCAGUUCUACCCUGCGAGUUGCUGGAUGGAGCUCCAAGUCACUGGACUCUGAUACAGUGGCCAAUAACACUAAGCAGCAUGGGCCCCCCAGUCCCAGACACCAGGCACAGAUGACACCCCCACCACCAGCACCACAAUCCCCCACUAAACAGGUACCUGCCGUCUCCAAGCCCUCGCAGGGUCCACCACCUGCACAGAGCAGAUCAGAGACAGUAGGUCCCAAAGGUCAUCCAGCCCUGGCAAUGAAGCCUGAACCACCACGAGCAGCUGCAGCUGCUGCCAGCAACGACCUCCCAGAGCCCCAGCAYMUCAGUCUGUUUGGGCCGGUGAAGAAGUUCAAACCUGUGAUCAUGAAGUCGGUCCAGAUGGACACGUCGCUACACACCACUCUGAUGUCAGCCAUCCAGUGUGGGGAUGGGAAGGAGAUGCUCAGAAAGGUAUCGGACUCAAGUGCAAGCAGCACUUUGAAGAAAUCGUCCUUUGUUGAGGAAGAGAAUGAGCGAUGUGUGCUACUGGCAGCCAUUAGAGGCCAAAGUAACUCUGCAGGGCUAAYGAAGACCAUAUCCCAGGCUGCAGAGGAGCUUGACAAAUUCAGGAAGACUGAGGAGGAGAACAGAACUCUGUGUGAUGCCUUCCCUGCCAUGCCUCCCCCUCCUCCAUUUGUGCCUCCUCCACCCCCCUCUAUGCUCCCUCCACCUCCUCCUGCCCCUCCCUCCUGUCAGCCCAGGCCCACUAUGYUGGGGGWGCCCCUGGYGGCUGGGGGGAAUCCCGCUCUGGCUCGGGACGCAAUGCUGYAGGCCAUCCGCUSUGGCUCUGCAGCUGAUCGCCUGAAGAAGAUAGAGKAAAUGGAGGUGAUCAUAAAUGACCUUUUGUGCAUGCACUCACCAGCCAGGUCAAUGCCCCCACAAAAACAGUUCAAGUGAACGGUAGACUUGGUACUAUACAAGCAGCAUCAUCCCUCUCACAAGGACAAUAAAGAAUCUUCCAGAAUGAUUCCAGAACAUCUUGCAAACCAUCUGAUUAGAAUCGUCGUAGGCAGCCAAAUAAUAUGUUGUCUUUCACCUUAAUUUAUCACUGUCCUUAUGUAUAUGUAUCCAGUUAUGUGUACUUGAAUAGUUGCAAUAACUGGAAAGAUGAAUUGCUGUACAAAAGCAUGUGCCAAUAAUUUUUGUUGCUAUUUAUUAGCUGCUCUUGCUGAUAAUAAUAAUCUUAAGAAAUCAUUUUUGCUCUUUUAUUAUUUGUCUUUUACUUUUUAAUACUAGUCCACAUGGAAUUGAUGCCUCAUGCUGUCUUACWGUCMGUGUUAUUUUUGAUUAUUACARAUUUGCUGUAUAUAUUCCAUGUAAUAAGAUGCAAUGGAUCAGACUCCUUGACCUAGUGCAAUGAGUAACACUGGUCACCAGUAACACUGGUCAAGCAUGACAAAAUUUGGCUCCAAGGGACUCUCCUCUCCAGGUGAUGAUUAGGUAUGUAUCCCAAAUGACAGGCUUGUCCCUAUAUAGUACACUACUUUUGACCAAAACCUUAUGGGCCCUUGGCAAAACUAGUGCACUAAAUAGGGAAUAGGGUACCAUUUGGAACCUGCACUAGUUUAUUUUGCAAAGCUCUGGGUUUUUAGAUCUCAUCUAUGCUGCUAUUCAACCUUUACAUGUUUUUAUUCUUUGAUUUAUAAUGCCUCUUAAUAUAUUUAUUUUAAUCUUCAUAGAAAAGAUGACUAACAUAUCCUUUCUUGACAUUACAAAAGCAUUUUUGAAACAUUUCUGUUUAUGUGUAACUAUUGGUGAAUAAUAUCACCAUGACUUAGUAAAAUAGUUUACUAAUCAAUAGAUAUGAGUAAUGAACAAGAGGUAUGGGCUGUUACUCCAUUUUCAGAAAAAAAGUCUGGUUAAUAUUUGCUAUGAUUUUAUUGUUUAUUUAAUCACAAAGUGUUCUAUGUUGUUUGCAUUGGGCUCCAGUGCACAGCUUUUUGUUAUUGUAUUCAACUAGAUCUGAUGUGCAGUACUGUACAUGAGCUUGUCUCUCUAGACGUUUUAUGGCAUUACUAUAGUAGUUGAAAGAAAGCAAAAGUUAAUAUUAUAAUAUAUUUUACAAAUGAAGUACUAUCGAUAUUGAUCAGAAUGACUGAAUGAUAGACUUAAAGGGCCACCCAGUGUAAAGCAUGAAAAUAGGGACUACAAGAUUCUAGACUGGUCUGUCAAAAGAUGGAUUCAUAGGUUGUCCAGUUCCUUAAAAUUCAGUUUAGAUGUUUUCUUAUGUUCUAGAUCAGGGGUAUUCAACUCUUACCCUACGAGGUCUGGAGCCUGCUGGUUUUCUGUGUUACCUGAUAAUGAAUUUCCC